AUGGUCCACGUCGAGGAAUCUCUACAACUCCCUAGAGAUUUCGAAGGUUUCGGUGAAGAUGGCCAUGACGCACAGUGGCCAAACGGUGCCCGCAUUGCAGUCUCCUUCGUGUUGAAUUACGAGGAGGGCGGCGAGCGCAACCCACUGGAUGGCGAUGGCACCAGCGAACCCUACCUGUGGGAGAAAGGUCCUUCUGGCGGCGGUAGAGAACAGCGGCACUUGAACGGCGAGCAAGACUAUGAGUAUGGCAGUCGUUGCGGUGCUUGGCGGAUACUUCGCCUCAUGAAGGAGUUCGGCUGGAACAUGACUCUUUGGGCCAUCGCUGUUGCCAUGGAGAGAAACCCAACGUUCGCGAAGGCAUGUGUAAGAGAAGGCCAUGAGAUUGGUGCCCAUGGGUAUAGAUGGCUUGACAUUUGGGAUUAUUCGCUUGAAGACGACAAAGCUUAUAUCAAGAAGACCUGUAAAGCUCUGGAGGCCGCAACUGGCGAAUUCCCAGUAGGAGCGUACUUUGGUAGAGGAACCCCGAAUACCGCUAGCCUGCUUCCAAUCAUGUGGAAGGAGAUGGGCCAUAAGAUGCUGUAUACUUCGGAAGUAUACAACGAAGACUCGCCAUACUGGAUAGAUCUGCCAUGGGAGAAAGAACUGCCUGACAUGGAGAAGGAGGGCCUAUUGAUGAUGCCGUACAACUACGAUUGUAACGAUGGAAAGUUCCACAUGCUUCCAGGUUUUGUAAGCUCGGCUGGUGCUGUCUAUGAACAGUAUCUCAAAGAUACAUUCGACUGUUUUUCUCACUCGAGCACCAUGUCGCGCUUUCUGCAGCGAAGCAAAGCAGCAUUCAGUUCUCCAAAAUCAUUCAAGGAGACAUUGCAAACUACAAGCGAUCAUGGAGAAGUGCGGUACAACCAAGAUCUCCUCCCCAGUCCACCGGCGGACAGGAAAUGGAGAUGGCAACAUUACUUCGCCUACUACUUGACCAUGACAUUCAGCCCCUCCUCGUACAACCUUGGUGCAUCUCUAGUCUCGAUUGGUCUUCUCUGGUGGCACGGCAUGAUUGCUGCGGUAAUCGGUUCAGCCAUCCUCACCAUUCUGGUCGUGCUCAACAGUCGUGGCGCUAUAAAAUACUUCAUCGGCUUCCCUGUCUAUGUACGUGCGGCUGCUGGUGUGAGAGGAGCCAGUUUGUAUAUCUUAGUACGAGCAGUGGUAGCGAUCAUCUACUUCGCGACCCAGACGUACUAUGGAGGGCGCAUCACUUCGGUUUUCAUGCGCGGUAUCUUCGGGAACGGUUACAACAAUAUUCCAAAUCAUCUUCCAGAGAGUGCGGGAAUUACAAGUAGAGAUUUGCUGAGCUUCUUCUUGUUCUGGAUGGUGCAAAUGCCGGUCAUGUUCAUUCAUCCAACGGUACUUCGACAUCUCUUCGUGGUGAAAGCUGUCUAUACCACAAUAGCACUCUUCGGUGUACUUGGGUGGGUGAUCAGCGCCAACGGAGGCAAGAUCGGAAGCUUCACCUAUACAACUAAGCAGACACAGCUUUCGGGUUCGGAUCUCAUCUGGCCUAUGAUUCAAGCCAUCAACUCUGUCAUGGGUGCUCUAGCACCGGUGCUCAUCAACCAACCUGAUAUAGCACGAUACGGACAUUCGUACAGCGAUGUGACUUGGAGCCAGGGUGUAGGUAUCCUUAUCAGCAAAGUUCUGGUCAUGUUCCUGAGUACCGCGACGACUGCAGCUGCAACACAAGUCCUUGGUAAAAGCUACUGGAACGUUUGGGAUCUUUAUGACGCCAUCUUGGAUCAAUAUUGGACUCCUGGAGCUCGAGCAGGAAUGGUGUUCGCAUCUUUCGGCAUGAUGCUCGCUGUACUCGUCACCAAUGCCGGAAGCAACUCGCUCCCUGUUGGCGCCGAUCUUACAGGAAUAUUCCCUCGCUGGCUGACCAUCGUCCGAGGCCAAGUACUCUGUGCGGUCCUCGCACCUCUACUUGUUCCAUGGAAAAUCAUCGCCUCCGCUACAUCAUUCCUGACUUUUCUCGGAUCGUACACCGUGUUCUUGAUGCCAAUAUGCGCUUGCAUGAUCGUCGACUACUGGCUUGUUCGAAGAGGCAAUUUCCAUGUUCCCUCAUUAUACACCUCUUCACCUGAAAGUCCGUACUUGUACCACAAAGGCUGGAAUUUACGCAUGCUGGCUGCUUGGGUUGCUGGAGUUGCGUUCACUGUUCAUGGUGUCGCAGGGUCUUUGGAUCCCGAUUCAGUAGCCGAGGCUAGCAAAAACAUGUACAAACUUGGCUUCAUACUAUCGUUUAUGAUGGGAGGAUUGGUUUACUACAGCUUGUGUCUUAUUUGGCCGGUGCAGAUACUUCCGAUAGGUACGGAGAGGCAGUUGGCGUUUGAAGGAUUGGCAGCCAAUGAAGGAUUCUUUGAUCACGAGAACGUGGGUACAAUUACGGGAGUCCUGGAGGGCGAGGAAAUAGAUGCAACACAGCAUUAUGUCGCUGACAGCAAAGAGAGCAAGUUGUCGCAGACUGGAACAGCAGGUGUGGCUGACAGGGAGCCACCAUUGCUUGCCCAGAGUGAGCGCGACGACUACAGCAACGACAUGUGGGACGACGAGGACAACAAUCCGUAUGGAUCCUUUGCCCGCCAUGAUUCCAACACAUCAGACAUUCCCGGUUUAGCUUCGCCUGCUGCCCUCCCCUACCGUCCCGCGACUCCGCCCUCUGGGGCUUCGUCCCCCGCACAAGAGUCGCCCGAGUAUGUCUCGCAGCGGGACAUGGAUAGCGUCGACUACGACGAGGAACAGCAGGACCAUGCAGACCCCAAGGCACCCAAGAAGGGCGGUUAUGACGCGCGCGUGGAGCAAUGGCUGUACGAGCACCCAGACCAACUGGUACUGAUCACGAGCGCGGGGAAGGACGGUGUCAACUACAUACAGUACACCAUCAAUUGCGGCGGCCUCGAAGUAAAGCGCAGAUACUCCGAGUUCGCAUCCUUACGCGCCGAGUUGGUCAGGCUGCACCCAACCCUCAUCGUACCGCCGAUACCCGAGAAGCAUACCAUGGCCGACUACGCCGCGAAACCGACAAAGGCAAAGGAAGACGCCGGCAUCAUAGAACUGCGGAAGCGCAUGUUGGCUGUCUUCUUGAAUAGGUGCAGGAAGAUGAAAGAUAUUCUGGAAGACGGUGUAUUCUGGAGAUUCCUUGACCCAUACACAAGCUGGAAUGACGUACUUACUAGCCCGCCCGUCUCCAAUAUACCCAAACAGAUCCUCAAGGCACCUCCGCUCGACCCUGCGAACCCUUCCCAAGCGCACAGCUACCUUCCAGUUCCCUCGUCGUCCGCCAAGUUGAAGUCAGGCAGCGCUACAUCCAGCUCUGGUACGCCAGUAUCACCAGCCAACAAUGCAGCCAUGCCUUCAGCGGCCGCGCACACAACACCAGGUCCUGCUAUCUUCGGUCGCUUCCCUCCCGAGACGCGGGACAUGUCCGAGGAAGAGCUAGACCCAUAUUUUGUCAGCUUUGAGAACUCAUCCAAAGACUUGGAGCACCUGCUGCAGGGACCAAUGGAGAAGGUCAACAGACGCUUGCUUAUGCAUCUUGGAAACUGGGGAGAGGACAUGGCGGAUCUGGGCGCUCGCUUUAAUGCCUUUUCGCUUUCCGAACAAACCCAAUCUCUUGCUGCAGCCAUAGAAAAGACGGGCCAAGCUGUUGACUCUACGUAUAUUGCGACGACCGAACUCUCUUCUUCCCUCAGCGCAGGCUUCUCUGAGCCCAUGCGUGAGAGCGCACAGUUCGCCGGUGUUGUACGCUCGACACUAAGAUAUCGAGUGCUCAAGCGGAUACAGGAGGAUAUGACCAAGGACGAACUAGAGAAGAAGCGCAAUUUACUCGAAUCGCUCGAACGUAGCGAAGCAGAAUCGAAGCGACUGGAACAACAUCUAAGUGGCGUUGGUCAUCAGCCACCACGAAGCCGCGCCGCGUCGAACAGCUCACAGCGCAGUAGCGGCGAUGCAGAGCAACAUAGGAGAUCGGAGGAAGACAGGGCGUCCAUUGAUUCUGACUUCCCACCCACACAUGGUGACACACCAUCUAGUGCACAGGGCGCUCCUGAUAGCCAUUCACCACCCACCAGUCCGCACAAGAAAACUGCGAGUGGUAACUUUGUCACUAACAAGCUCUUUGGGUCCAUCACACACGCCUUUAGGGGCAUGGCAGAUGUAGACCCUGAGAAGACACGGAGAGAUCAGAUCGGCAAGACAAGGGACAGUAUGGUACAGCUCGAACAAGCGCUGACCGUCGCUGAGAAAGACACCAAAGACGCAAGUUCAGGCGUGAUGAAGGAUCUGCGGAGAUUCCAGAGCGAGAAGGAGGACGAUUUACGACGUUACAUGAUGGAAUUUGCUCAAUGUCACAUCGACUGGGCGAAACGUAACAAGGCCGCUUGGGAGGAAGCCAAGGCCGAAGUCGAAAACAUCGCGCCACAGUCCUCAGAAGAAUACCCCAGGCAACCUGAGGACUUUGAAGCACGGGAGCAGUAA